UGCGACUAAAUGCAACAAAAUAAAAUACCUAAUCGGUUACCGUUGCGAAUUUUUCUAGCGAGGAACCCUUAGGGGGUUGAGAAAUUUGACAUGCCCCACCAUGAAUAACUUUAACUUUGAUUAUCUUUCUUCUCAGAUAAGAGCAAGUUUGAGAUGCAAAGAGGUUGAAAACAAUUACUAGUCAAAUACCAUUAAGAAUUGAGACAAAAUUACAAUUACAAUUACAAUUACAUUCACCGAGCUGAUCAUUUAAAGAAUUCUGCUUGACUCUAGAACAACUAACGAACACUCGUUCAAACAGCAGUAGUUCUGCAAAAUUCAAUUAUUCUUAGGCCUGAAAAAAAUGACAAAUGUUACAUAUAUAACACCCAAUCCUAAGGGAUACACUGUAUCAGUUGGAGUCAUUCGAAUAAUCGAAGCCGUGAACAAUGGUGCAGCUGAUGGAACUGGUAUCCAUAAAAUAUUAAAUCUUGCAAAAGGCAUAAUAGGACCUAAUUUGCCCUUACCAAUUGUCCAAUAUUGUGUUGGUAUUCAGAAUAACUUACUUGGAGGAUAUCCAAGUCAUUGGGAAAUCAUUCCAUCUUCAAUAUUUGUAGUAAUAUUUGCAAUUCUUUUCAUUGUUCAUUUAUUCAUCUUCAUUGUAAAUUUUACAAGGGGCCAUUUCUUUACACUUUCAUUAGGUUGGUCAUUUGCUGCACUUCUAAGGUUAUCAUCUUUUGCACUCAGAAUCUCGUGGGCUCAGGAUAUUAAUAGAGUUCUUAUUGGAAUCGCAAACGAGAUUCUUUUCGUCCUUCCUACAGUGUUUCUUGUGUCCUUUAAUUUGGUGUUAGCACAGAGAUUAUUCACUUGGAGACAUCCUGUAGGGGGGUCAAGAAAACUCUUUUGGGGCUUCAUGAUGGGUUUGUACAUCUUUGUUUUUGGUAUCGUUGCUUUGACCAUUGUUGCAUCAGCAACUCCCUAUUUAGCAUUUUUGUCUUCACAUAUGUAUUUGAGUUACAAGAAAUGUGUUAUGGCAACUGCCAUCUUAGUUAUUGUUUAUGCCUUAACAGCAGUUGCUCUUAUUGGUCUUUCAUUUUGGCUUCCAACAUCCAAAGAUGAAAAUUUGUAUACUUACCAACCAUGGUGGAUUGAAAGUUUCCAUCCCUUUUAUUUUGUUCCUAAAGGUGCAGCAAGAGAAGCAGAACAAACUUUUAUGAAAAGAAAUCAUAAUCAUAGGCAUGCAAUCAGAGUUAUUGCAGCAACUCAUCAUCAUUAUAAGAUGGUUGAAGGUUUGAGUAAUGAAAGAGGUGACUUGAAACAUAAUAUUUCUUUACUCGUAAUUAUUAUCUCAACUAUACUUUUAUUUCUCAGUAAUGUCAUUAGAUGUGUUAUUGUCUUUCAAAGUAGGUAUAAUUACUAUGCUUCACCCCUAGCACAACCUGCAGUCAUGUACCUUGUUUGGGGUGGGUUUGAAUUGAUAAUGCAUUUGGGUUACAUUCUUGGGAGGGCUGAUCUUAGAUUUUACAGGCCCGAUAUAUUACCUGAAGUGGUGAGAUCAAUUGUUACUGCAGAACAAUCUGGAAUGAUUAGUGAGGCUGAAAGUGAAGCAAAUUCUGAAGAUUAUUAUGCUCAACAAUAUGGAAUAAACAGCUUUGAGGACGAAGAAAUCUCUCAUACUAGCCUUGAAAGAAUUAAUGUACCUCCCAGAUAUUCUUAUCCAUCCGAAAUCAGUCAGAAGAGAGAUGACGAAUCUGAAUUUUACUUCUAAUACUGAUAUUAUUCAUUCUAAUCUUUUUCUUAUUUAUUUAGAUAUAUUUAUUAGACUACUUCUGUU